AUGCAUCUGACCCAUUCUCUGCUCAUCCUGUUCUCCAGCCUCCCAGCCCUGCUGGGUUACCGAGCUGUGUGGCAGUUCAGGGCGAUGAUCCUCUGCACUGUACCUGACAGCUGGCCGGUGCUGGACUACGCUGACUAUGGCUGCUACUGUGGGUUGGGAGGCUCUGGUGCACCUGUUGAUGAGCUUGACAGAUGCUGUCAAGUCCAUGACCAGUGCUACAGUGACGCCAUGCAGCAUGAGGAUUGCUGGCCCAUCUUAGACAACCCCUACACUGAGAUGUACAGCUACAGCUGUGACAGGGCCAGCAAGACCGUCACCUGCCGGAACAACAACGAUCCCUGUGAGAAGUUCAUCUGCGAGUGUGACAGGGAAGCAGCCAUGUGCUUCGCCAAGGCAGAUUAUAAUGAAGGGAAUGCCCACCUUCCCAGUGAUCGCUGCAAGUAA